AUGGCAGUGAUCAAGAAGAGACGUACUCCUCAUGGGAAAUCAAGCCGUCAGCAGCAGCUGUUACAACAGCAGCAGCUUCGUGCGAAGCAACGAUUCGAAAAUUCACGGUUGAAGCCUGAACAGGUCAGCUCAAUAGUACACGACGAAAGUGACACUUUAUCAUAUCGGUCGUAUCUCAUGGUUAAUUUCGUGAGGUCUGCGGAAUUUAUGGACGUUUUAAUGACACAGCCAGUAGCGAAUAGACAAAUAAAGCCACCUACAGUCUAUGGACAUCUUAACGUGGAGAGCUUGAAGACAAAACUAGAAUCGCAAAAAGAAGAACUGAGCGGUCUUCAGGAGAAAGCUGAAAACUACAAAUGGAACUUGAGCGAGGAUUCUGACUUUUUGCGCAACAAGAUACGAGCCUCUGCUGCAGCUAGUAAUAACAAAGACAAAAAUUCGGAAAUUUUGGAAGAUUAUCUGAGGAAGUUCGGGUUGCGAUCUCAGGAGAAUACAGUGGUUUUCCAUAGGAACAAGUUUUCUCAUUUGAGAAGUGAUACAAGUGAAGCCCCCCCGGAUUACUGGAGCAACCAUAGACAAUUGAAGAAAGAGCAGCGAGAAAAGGCGUUAGCUCUUCAAAGACAAAAGGAACUGGAAGAGGCGGAAAAGGAGAAGGCUCGCCUUGCAGAAGAAGACAAACGAAGGCUACAGAUGGAGGAGGAGCGUAAACGGAAAGAGGAGGAGCAGAAAGAGCAGCAACAAAUGCAUUUACACUUAGAAAUGGAGCGUCAUUUUGAUGACGGCAAAAUCAAGCAGUUGGCGCAACCAAAUUUACCGCAGCAGUCACCCCAGCAAUUACCGGGACUGCUGCAAGCUCAGGCAAAGGUACAUCUUUCAAGUCAGCUCAACGAAUCUGAAGAUCAAGCAGAAAGCCAGUCUGACACCCCUCAGCAAGUGCUACAGCCGAAUGAGGAGCAACAUCAAGACAAUCAGCAAGCGCUCCCUGCACAAAACGGAAUUGAUAGCAUAUUUGGAGAUUUUGGUAAUGAACCUUUCAAUAACGGGUUCGACGAUGAAUUUGGUGAACUAGAUACGGCUUUCUUCUAA